AACCAGCAACAGACAAACGCGCAUAACGGGGCGACCGCCGACUUCCCUCAACAAAACUCCGCUAGUUCCUAUCCGAAACUGGGAGCUGUUGAAGUGCGAGUGAGUUGCAGUAGAGUCUGCAGUCGACGCCGCACGGUUGGCCGAUCGUACGAACAACGCACGCAAGUUGAGUUAACGUAACGGUGCGCUGUGCAGUACAUACGGGCGUUGGAAACAGAGAACCUCGCCUGACUUUGUCCAACGCGCCAACGAGAAACGUCGCAGUCGCGAUCACACCGCGUUCGAAAGCGGCGCAACUGAAAAAUCGCGCGCUCUGGUUUUAUUUUGUGCUGACAGCCCGUACAUCUUCAGUGAGUUGUUGCUUCGUGCAGUGAUAAAAACUUCAAGAUGAGCACGCCGGUGAAAAAAGUCCCCAUUCAUUUACAGAGCUCUCAAAAUCGUCUGAUUAUCAAAAAUGGCAAAGUUGUCAACGAGACAGGCAUCCUGGAAGAUGACGUCUUCAUCGAGGAUGGCAUCAUUAAACAAAUCGGAAAGAAUCUCAUCAUUCCAGGCGGCACGCGUGUUAUUGACGCCCGUGGCAGGUACAUCCUCCCCGGAGGUAUUGAUCCGCACACGCAUUUCGAGUUUGACUUCAUGGGCACUCGCUCCGUUGACGAUUUUUAUCAGGGGACCAAAGCCGCCAUUGCUGGUGGCACCACCAUGAUAAUCGACUUCGUGUUCCCCAAGAAAGGCGAGUCCAUCCUGGACAAAUACCACGAAUACAGACAAAAGGCCGACGAUAAAGUCUGCUGCGAUUAUGGGCUUCACGUAUGCCUCACGUCGUGGAAUGACCGAGUGCGUGACGAGAUGAAAACGCUGUGUCAGCAGCACGGUGUGAAUUCAUUCAAGAUGUUCAUGGCGUAUGACUUCAUGCUCAACGACGAGGAGCUGUAUUCAGCGAUGGAGGCCUGUAAGAAUCUGGGUGCGCUUGCUCAAGUCCACGCUGAAAACGGAUCAAUUAUCCGGAAGAACGUCGAGAAACUCAAGGCGCAAGGUGUUACCGGCCCCGAGGGACAUGAACUAUCGCGUCCGGAAAGCGUCGAAGCCGAGGCAGUCAAUCGUGCAUGCGUUAUUGCCAAGGCAGCAGAUAGUCCGCUGUACGUUGUGCAUGUAAUGAGCAAGUCGGCUGGUAAUGUUAUAAGAGAGCACCGUGAUGGCGGCGCACAAGUGUGGGGCGAAACACUGGUUGCCGCGUUGGGCACCGACGGCAGCCAUUACAAGCACACCUGUUUCCAUCAUUCCGCUGGGCAUAUACUGAGCCCGCCAUUACGGCCCGAUCCCACAACGCCCGGAUAUCUGAUGAAUCUUUUAGCACAGGACGUGUUGCAAUUGACCGGAAGCGAUCAUUGCACGUUCAAAAAGGAACAGAAGGCGAUGGGUCAAGGCGACUUCUCCAAGAUCCCCAAUGGUGUGAAUGGCGUCGAGUCACGCAUGGCUGUCAUCUGGGAGAAAGGUGUACAUUCUGGCCUGAUUGAUCCCAGCCGUUUUGUCGCCAUUACAAGCACCAACGCCGCGAAACUCUUCAAUGUUUAUCCACGCAAGGGAUGUAUUGCUGUUGGAUCUGAUGCUGACAUUGUCAUCUGGAAUCCAGCAAAGACACAAACCAUCUCCGCGCAGACUCACCAUCUUGCUGUGGAUUUCAAUAUCUUUGAGGGAAUGGUUUGCCAUGGCGUACCUGAGUUUGUUAUUGUCAACGGACGAGUUUGCGUUGACGAUGAGAACCUGCGCGCUGUGCAAGGCCACGGUACAUUUGUGGAAACUCCCGUGAACGCUCCGUUUAUCUACGCACCAGAAAAAUUGGAGGAGAUCUUUGAAUCUAAGAAGAAUGGAGUUUUGGACGAAGUUGAACUUCAUAAUAAACUCGCAAAGAUCGAAUUCGAGCCGAAGACGUGCUUUACUCCAACACUGCCUGACUCGGCCAUUGGGACGCCAUCUUGUCGAGGCGCUCGACCGGAAGGACAGCGCAACAUUCAGGAUUCCACAUUUUCCAUCAGCGAGGAAAUGGAUACCGAGCGAAAGUCCUGCAUCAAAGUUAAGAAUCCCCCAGGCGGCAAGUCGUCGGGAUUCUGGUAGAGUUGAUAAUUGAGACGGAUUCGUACCCGAAUAGUGUUCGCUUCAGUUGUGCUUACAGAAUGCUCCUCGUACCAAAGCCACUAAUCUAAAGAAACAAAACCUUUUAAUUAUAUUAAAAUCUUCCAAGCGUUUGACGCGGACGAGAGUAGAUUUUAUAUGAUUCAGCAUAAGCUAUAUAUCGCAACUCGAAUUAACUUAUCAAACAGUCUAAAACACUAAGUUCACUCAGCCAGAAACCAUCUCAUCGUCACCAAUUUAGCUAAAGAACAAAACGGGCACCUAGAUCAGUUGCGAUAUUCGAAUGAAACGUUUAUGAGUUGUUUCUAGUUAUUUAAACUCAGUUUAUAGAUACCUAAAUAUAUAAAUAUUUAUUUAUGUUGAAUCGGCGCGGGUCGAUGAACGCUUGUUUGUUCUAUUAUUGAGAUGCAUCAAUGUUAUAAAAUAAGUGUCGUGAGUCGUCGAAAAAAACUCUAAGAAAAUGGAAACAAAGUAAUUGAAACGUUUAAAUUUUAGUUUAAUGAUUGUACAAAUGGUAUCCCAAAGAUUUGCAAGAUGUUGUUAGUAUGUAUUACAUUGAAGACACAUUUCAUUAUUGAUUCAUUUUUUAUUAAUAUUAUUAUUAGAAGGUUUACUGUUAGAUGAUAUUAUUAUCUACCAUUUUGUAUGUUGCGUUUGACGUCCAUCCGCGGGCGUCGCGCGUAUAUCGAUAAAAGAGCACAUAUUACAUACUUGUAUGGUUCAUAACAAAUAACAAUUUUAAUAAACAAAUUCAUUGAUA